AUGGCUUCUUUCCUUCAGUUUCUUCUCUUGUUCUCUUUAUCUCUUCAUCUUGCUUUUGUGUCCGCGGAUGAUCAGUCAUCUGAAACACAAACUCAACCUCGACCCCCAACGCCUAUUAUCAGGCCAACCAAGCUUGUUCUGAAGGUGCAGAAAGAUGGUGCUACGAAUCUCCAUGUAGCCCAGAUUUUCAAGAGAACCCCUCCAGUUCAACUCCCCUUUGUGGUAGACCUUAACGGGGAGUUCGUAUCGGUCAAUUGUGAGAACAAGUACUUAUCAUCGACUUUCAAUGCUCCUAUUUGCCACUCGGCCCAAUGCUCUAGAGCCAACACCCACACAUGCCGCACGUGCUCUCCCAAAUCCCCCAGAUACCCCAUGGCUAGACCUGCAGACUGCCACGUUAAUGCAUGCGCAGUCACGGCUGUGAACCCGGUUACCCAACAAAGAGCCAUAGGCGAGCUCGCGGAGGAUGUGCUUUCGAUCCCAUCAACCCUAGGCUCAAGGCCAGGCCCAAUGGUCACAGUCCCUCGAUUCCUCUUUGCAUGUGCACCUUCUACCCUCUUGCAAAGAGGACUACCCCAAAACGUUCAAGGCAUUGCUGGGAUGGGCCACUCCCGAAUUUCACUUCCAUCCCAGCUUGCUUCCCAGUUCGGCAUCCCACCGAAGAUCGCCAUCUGCCUCGCUUCUGGCUCGGGACAAAAUGGUGUCAUUUUCUUAGGCGAGGGGCCGUACAUGAUGCUACCGGGCAUCGAUGUGUCCCGCCAGCUCACCUACGCCCCACUAUCCAUAGGCCAACAAGGAGAGUACUUGAUAAACGUCCAAUCCAUCCAAAUCAACAACAAUAUCGUUCCACUCCCUCCAAAACUUCGUUCAAUUAACCAAGCCAUGCUCAGCACCACAACUCCUUACACAAUCCUGCAUCAGUCCAUCUUCAUAGCUCUCACUCAACUCUACAUCAAGCAGUUCUCAGGAGUGCCUCAAGUGACCCCGGUGCCGCCGUUCGGGCUGUGUUUCGAUGCAAACAAAAUCAGUUACAGCAAGAUGGGUCCGGCAGUACCUAGCAUUCAGCUUGUGUUGGACAACCAGCAGAAGCUUCGGUGGACAAUCUCUGGCCAAAAUGUGAUAGUUCAGGCACGUCCGGGAGUUAUGUGCUUGGCCAUGGUGAACGGCGGGCCGAACCCUAAAACUCCGAUCGUGAUCGGGGGACGCCAGAUGGAGGAUAACCUAGUGCAGCUGGAUUUGGUGAACUCGAGGGUUGGCUUUAGCAACUCGUUGUUGUUCCAGAGGACCAACUGUGCCAACUUCAACUUCAACUUGAACUUCAACACCAACACGACUACUACUCCAUAG